CGGGCGCGGGGUCGAGGUCGGGGUCCGGGCGGCCAGAGACGCCCGAGCCGGGUGCACCCAGUGGGCCGCGGAGCAGCCAUGGCGGAGACGGCGUCGCAGCACCUGGUGCUGCCCUCGGGGCUGUUGGAGCUGUGCGCGCUGCUGGGGCCCUCCAGGGACAGCCUCCGCGGCCUGGAGCUGGCGGUCCAGAAGAGGGGAGUCCAGAACCUUCCGCCCCUCGAUCCGGAGGUGCUGUCCGUGUUUGUGCCUCCGUUCAUCGGCAAGGAGAGCAGCCCUGCGGCCGGGGGGAGCUGCGGGACUCUGAGCAAAACCAAGAUGCGCUCCUUCAGGAAGAAGAGGGAGAAGGCCAAGGCGGAACCCUGCAGGGCCCCCCCGGGGCGUCCCCGGGGGCCGGACGUGGAAGACAUUGGUGUCCCCAAUGGCGUGGACCUGCUGGCCCUGCCCCAGCUGUGCUUCCCAGGGGGCCUGAGCGUGGCCUCUGAGCCAAAGGAGGACUACGUCCACUUCCUGGUGCUGACCGACGUCUGUGGGAACAGGACGUACGGCGUAGUUGCGCAGUACCACCGGCCGCUGCACGACGAGUACUGUUUCUACAACGGCAAACCUCACUGGGAGGCGUCCUGGGCGGCCACAAGCGCCACCGGCUGGUUCGUGCCCUUCGCCGUGUGCGUGAUCUCCCGGUUCCCCUACUACAACGCGCUCAGGGACUGCCUAUCCUGUUUGUUGACUCAUCUGAAGCUCUGUAAACAUUUUGAAGUUGACAAUCACAUAAAAGAUUUUGCUGCCAAACUGUCUUUAAUACCGAGCCCUCCCCCCGGACCGCUCCAUUUGAUAUUUAACAUGAAGCCACUACAGGUUGUGUUCCCCUCGCGAGCAGACCCCGAGAGCCCAGUCAUUGACCUGGACCUUCACCUGCCCCUGCUGUGCUUCCGGCCCGAGAAGGUGCUACAGAUCCUGGCGUGCCUCCUGACAGAGCGGCGGGUCGUCGUCUUCUCGGCCAGCUGGGCCCUGCUGACGCUGGUGGCCGAGUGCUUCCUGGUCUACCUGCACCCCCUGCAGUGGCAGCACACGUUCGUGCCCAUCCUGUCGGGGCAGAUGCUGGACUUCCUCAUGGCUCCCACGUCCUUCCUCAUGGGCUGCCACCUCAGCCACUUCGAAGAAGUCAGCAAGGAAGCCGAUGGUUUAGUUCUGAUCAACAUCGACGCCGGGAGUGUCAGCUCCUCCAGCAGUGAGGAGGUGGACGUCCCCGACAUCCCCCUCCUGGCGGCGCAGGUGUUCGUUCAGAGGGUUCAGAACCUCCAGCUGCACCGUGAGCUGGACUUGGCCCACCUGGGCGCCAGCACCGACCUGAACGAUGGGCGUGCCCGCCGGCGGGCCUGGCAGCAGAGGCUCAACGGCCGGAUCCAGCGGCUCACCUUGCAGCUUCUUGUCAGCAUCUUCAGGGAGGUGAAGAACCACUUGAAUUACGAGCACAGGGUGUUCAACAGCGAGGAGUUUCUCAAAACGCGCGCUCCCAGCGACCAGCGCUUCUACAAGCAGGUCUUGGACACCUACAUGUUCCAUUCUUUCCUCAAAGCCCGGCUCAGCCGCAGGAUGGACGCCUUCGCCCAGCUGGACCUCAGCACGCAGUCGGAGGAGGACAGGGUCAGCGGGACGCUUCUGAGUCCAAGGCGACCGACCGUCGAGAAAAUGGCCUUGGGCAAACCGUGGUCGCAGCGCGCGGCUCACCGGCGCAUGGUGGUCAGCAUGCCCAACCUGCACGACGUCUCCGUCCCCGAACUGGUGCCCAGGAACGCGUCGCUCCACAGCAGCAGCGUCAGCAGCCCCAGCGGCCGCAGCAGCAGCAGCAGCUCAGUCCCUAACGUGAGCCCCAGGCCGACGUACACGUUCAAGAUCCCAGAGAUCCACUUCCCCCUGGUGAGCCAGUGCGUGCAGGCCUACUACUGCGACUGCGUGGACCUGCUGAGCAAGGCCAUGAACGGCCUGGCGCCCGACAGCUCCGUGCUGCUGGCCCGCUACUACUACCUGCGGGGGCUCGUCCACCUGAUGCAGGGCCAGCUGCUGGACGCCCUGCUCGACUUCCAGAGCCUGUACAAGACGGACCUGCGGAUCUUCCCCGGCGACCUGGUGAGGCGCGCUGUGCAGUCCAUGGCGGGCCCCGUGCGCGCCCAGGCCGAGUGCAUGCCUGAGCUGCGCAGGCUCAUCAGCGAGGUCCUGGAGCCGCCGGGGGAGGCCCCCAAGGCCGACGACCGCGUCAAGCACUUUGAGCUGCCCAGCAAGCACAUGGGGCCGGACGAGUUCGUGCGGAGGGUCCAGGAGUCGGGCAUCGUGAGGGACGUCAACAUCAUAAACCGCUUGUUCGAGGCCCUGACCGUGGGACAGCAGAAACUGAUUGACCCGGAGACGUUCAAAGACUUCUACACCUGCUGGAAGGAGACAGAAGCGGAGGCACAAGAGGUCAGCCUGCCGGCGUCGGUGCUGGAGCACCUGGACAAGAACGAGUGCGUGUACAAGCUGUCCAGCUCCGUGAAGACGAGCCACGGCGUGGGCAAGAUCGCCAUGACCCAGAAGCGCCUCUUCCUCCUGACGGAGGGCAGGCCGGGCUACGUGGACAUCUCCACCUUCAGGGACAUGCAGGAAGUCCGCAGCACUACGGUCACCGUCCUGUUUCUCCGAGUGCCCACCCUAAAAGUCAAAACGGCAUCCAGGAAGGAAGCCUUCGAAGCGAACCUCAAGUCGGAGCGCGACCUGUGGCACCUGAUGGUGAAGGAGAUGCGGGCGGGGAAGGAGCUGGCGGACGAGCACAAGGACCCGCAGUACGUCCAGCAGGCGCUGACGCACGCCCUGCUGAUGGACGCCGUGGUGGGAGCGCUGCCGUUGCCCGGAGCCAUUUACGCUGCCUCCAAGUUGUCCUACUUUGACAAGAUGAAGAACGAAAUGCCCACGGCCGUUCCCAAGACAACCGCGGACACGCUGAAGCACAGGAUCAACCCUUCGGCCGGGGAGACCGAGCCGCAGGCCGUGGACGUCCUGCUGUACACGCCAGGGCAUCUCGACCCAGCAGAGAAAGUCGGAGACGCCCACCCCAAGUUAUGGUGCGCCCUCCACCAAGGCAAAGUGGUCGUCUUUGACGCUUCGUCCUGGACCAUCCACCAGCACUGCGUCAGGGUGGGCACCUCCAAGCUGAACUGCAUGGCGAUGGUGGAGCAGAGCCAGGUGUGGGUCGGCUCCGAGGACUCCGUCAUCUACAUCAUCAGCAGCCACAGCAUGUCCUGCAACAAGCAGCUCACCGACCACCGCGCCAGCGUCACCGGCCUGGCGGUGCAGGGCAGGCCCGAGGCGCCCAGCCAGGUAUAUUCGUGCAGCGUGGACGGGACGGUGCUGGUGUGGAACGCGGGAACGCUGCGGGUGACCAGCAGGUUCCAGCUGCCGGGCGGCGGGCUCUCGUCCAUCAGUCUGCACGGAGGCUGCUUGUGGUGUUGUACAGGCGACAGCAUCACGCCCAUGAACAGCCGCAUCCAUGAAAAGCUGACGAUCGAAGGGAACUUCAGCGAGAGAAGCACCUCCUUCGUGGCCUUCCAGCUCGUCCCUGAGCAGGCGCAGCUGUGGGCGGCCUGCUCGGGCUACGAUGAUGUCUACAUCUGGGGCCUGAAGGACUUGGCCCAGCCCCCCGGGCGGGUCCACCUGCCCAACUGCUCCAAGGUCCACUGCAUGAUCAGGGUGAAGAGGCAGAUCUGGGUGGGCGGCACGGGCCUGUCGCAGGGACGGCCCCAGGGGAAGAUCUACGUGAUCGAUGCUGAGAAGCAGACGGUGGAAAAGGAGCUGGUGGCCCACGCAGACACGGUGCAGACCCUGUGCUCCGCGGAGGACAGAUACGUGCUGAGCGGCUCCGGCGGGGAGGAAGGGAAGGUCGCCAUCUGGACGGUGGCGUGAGCGCGGCGUGGGAGCCCGGCUCCGGGAGCGCACGCCAGGCCUGCGCCCUGCCGGGGCGGCAGCACGCCUUCUCGUGGACUCCCCCGGUUCCGCUGUGUCGGGAUGGGGUUCUUCUCGGGCAGGCAGCCGGUCGACUUGGCGAUACCCUCUGCUGGGAAGUCACCCGUAGGGCGUCUGGCAGUGCCAGGACCCGCCGCCAGCAGCGGAGCGGAACGGGGCGCCUUAGCCGCGUCACCCCGGACCGGGCCGCACUGCGUUCUCUCCGCGCUCACGCACUGCGCGCCGUCUGCGGCAGCCCCGCUGCCCACACCGACUUCCCGAUCACAGCGGAGCCUGCCGGCUGGGGAGUCUGAAGGGAUCGCCUGGAGCCCGCCCUCGCUGUCCCCCGUCAGGGCCGGUGAUGGCGCUGUGAAAAAGCCAUCUGCACGGGGCCGGGCGGCAAAGGCAAGCUCUUCUUUUUUACUGCAAAAUUUUCAUAAUGAAGAAACCCAGAGAGACUCUUUGAGCCGAAGAUCACAGAAUCUCCCCCUAAAACAGCCCGUAUCCUCCAGUUCCCCGGCCGAGCUGCUGCCACGACAGCCCCCAGCAGGAGCUGGCGCGCCCCUCAAGCGUCGGCGUCGCGUGCGCACAUGGGGUGCGUGUGUACGUGCAGAUGGUGCCUUCUUAUUUAACUACAGGUGACCGUAUUAGCUGUAAAUAACCAUUCAGAUGGUUUGCACAUUUUGCUGUAGUGGUAAAGUUUCAUUCCCAGAAAGCCCAGGAAGAGACUGCUUGGCAUGGUCGCUGGGCACCGGGGGCGUGUGGCUGCCGGACCCUUGGCUCCGGGCACUGGGACUCGGACACUGCACCCGCCCCGAGAUCUCCGAGGUGCCAGCCAGGCCUCUCUGCGUGGUCCUCGGGACCCCAGCACUGAGGGAGGCCCUGACCCCGGCUGGCGUUUGGGGGUGCCCCGGGCCUGCGGUGCAGGCAGCGCCCAGGCGCCCUGGCGCCCUGUGUGUGCUCGCCGGCCUCUGGGACGGCUCGGCCAGCGCCAAGGGCGGGAGGCUGCGUUCCGCUUGUGUCAGCACAUGAUGAGUCCCGGGCAAAGCCUGUCAGAAAUAAAGUAUUUAACGCCAACCCCCACGUCCCCAGGCGUUUCCACCUUGUCUACGGGAAACUUCCGUGCGUCACACACGGACAUGCAUGCUCCUUUCCCCGCCUGAGCCGGUGCACAGACUGUGGAAGGUCAUGGGGUCACUCUGGGUUGGCACCUAACAGCUGGGCGCGCAUCACGUGACCUCAGUGCAGCCCCUUCAUCACCUCGACACUUAGGGAUAAUUUCUAGGUAAAACAACACAUGCAGCCUCGGCUGGGGCAGCUCCGCGGACUGAGCGCCGGCCUGGGAACCCAAGGGCCGCUGGUUCUGUGCCCACUCAGGGCACAGGCCUGGGAAGCUGGCCAGGUUCCCAGAAGGGGGCGUGUGAGAGGCAA